UCAGUCUCGUCCACUAGUCUAGUACAAACGUCCACUAACACGGUCGCAGUCUUCGUCGAGCGUUCGUUGCGAAAGUGCUGCACGCCAGCGCCAAACAAAAAGCGAUCGCGCGAUCCGUGUGCCGAGGCCGGAGCUGCCACCCUGUAUAUACCCGGAUUUCACGCAGGACCGGACCGGGUUUCUGUUGAAAAUGUGCUAAGUGCGUGUUCGCGCGUCAGCUCCGAACUCGUCCGCUCUUCGUCAAACAAUGGUUCAGCAACCAACAACCUCCGCCACAGCAGACUUCCGAACGAAUCUAUUAAUUUCGCGAGUCUCCAACAGAUAAUCGUGUAUUUUAGAUAGAGUGAAUGAGAUUAUGAGCUCCAAGCUGAGGCACCGGUGCACCACAGGAUUGACGUGCGUCGCCAUCCUGGUGCUGGUGGCGGUCAUCGCGACGGUGUGGGUGAUGCUGGGCGCGGGGGCGUUCAGGCAGAAGAGGGGCGGAGCCGCCACCAAACCGCCGCCGAUCGUCGUCAAGCAGAAAGAAUACAUAGAAAAAACUCACCUAGGCGAAUUCGACAGCGAAGUGGAGUUCGUCAAACCCAAGAAAAUCAGUCCCCUGCCACUCCAUAACCACGACAUCAUCUUCGACCAGAUGCGUAACAACUACGAUAAACCACCAUUAAGACACCACAGCGGCCACUUUAGACACAAAGAAGCGGAAGUGUGGGACCCUCAUCCUCGCUACGAAAUCGAGGCUUUCGGUCGCAAACUUUUCUUGGAGUUGGAGCACAAUGAUCAAGCUUUAGCAGAAGAUUUGCACAUAACCCACGUAUGGGACAACUUCACUCAUCGCAUGAAGCAAGACAGCAGCAUCUACGGCUGCUACUACACCGGAAAAAUAAAAGACGACGUGGAUUCGGCCGUUUCCGUGUCCUUGUGCAACGGAAUGACCGGCUACAUUCGCACAUCCCAAGACAAUUACUACAUCGAGCCGGCCGAGAAAUCCUCCAACGAGUACCCGAUGGGCAGCUUCCUCCACCGCAUCAAGAAAAUACCCCAUUCCUCAGCCCCGAGCGACAACGACGUCGUUACCAGCGAGUCGGAGCAGUGCGAAACCAAUGAUGGUGGCAUCGUGGAAGACGACUUCGGCACGUCCGUCGUGGCCAUCCCGUCCACCCACACUAUCACCAAGCGGCAAACCAUCUUCGACGACAUCGAGGAGCCUCCGCACACCGAGUCGUCCCGUCUGCCACGCGAGGCCGAUUGGCCUGCCGACAGGAAGACAAACGAGUACUUCGUCAAGGUGUUGGUCGUAGCCGAUCGCAGCAUGAUCCAGUAUCAUCAAUCCAACGAUGAUUUGAAACAUUACAUCUUGAUCUUGAUGUCUCACGCGGCUCUAUUAUACAAGGACGCUAGCAUAGGGAACUCCAUCUCCUUGUCGGUAGUCAACAUCUGGAUGUUGAAUAAUACCGUCUUCACGAGUAAUAACUCUCAAGUAAUGUUGCGCAAAUUUUGCGACUGGCAGAAGCGCUACGUCCCCGACCGAAAACACGACAUGGCUCUGCUCUUCACAAGGGAUCCCAUUUGCAAGAGCAACUCGUCUUCGAACUGCGACACUCUGGGGGUGGCAGAAGUCGGCUCCAUGUGCAACCCCUCCUCCAGCUGCGCCAUCGUCAAGGAACGGGGGCUGUCGUCGUCCUACACCAUCGCCCACGAACUGGGGCAUGUGCUCAGCAUGCUCCACGACGAAACCGAAAGUUGCUCGUACUUCCGCAAAGGCCGCAAAUACGGUUACAUCAUGUCAAGAAUGCUGAACAACGGCACAAAACCCUGGUUAUGGUCCGAGUGUUCGAAACACUACGUCACCGAAUUUCUCGAGUCCAGCAAGGCUAAGUGCCUCCACAAGGCACCCGCCAGCAACUACAUCUCCUCGGAGAUCACGGAACUGCUGCCCGGGGAGAACUUCGAGGCGGACAAGCAGUGCGAACUGGAGUUCGGGAGCGGGUUCAGGCUGUGUCCGUUCAAAGACCAGCCCACCUGUGCCGUUCUCUGGUGCACCUCCAACUAUCUCUACGGCUGCAGGUCCAACCUGCUGCCGUGGGCCGACGGCACGUCCUGCGGGAGAGGCAAGUGGUGCCACCAUGGGGAGUGCAUCCCUCUGGACAGGCAGAUGAUGACGCCCGUGGUCGGAGGAUGGGGGUCCUGGCAACCCUGGACUGAAUGCAGCCGGACUUGCGGAGGCGGUGUCAAGUACACCAAACGCUUUUGCGACACGCCCGUCCCCAGGAACGGCGGCGCUUACUGUACCGGAAGUAGCGUCCAGUACUUGUCCUGCAACACACAGUCCUGCGGGAACGACGUCCCCGAUUUCAGGGAAGUACAGUGUUCGGAGUUCGACGGGAUCACGAAAAAUCUUGCCAACUUGACGAAUGACGUCCAAUGGGUACCUAAGUAUGGCCUGGGUAGAAAAGAGGAUCUGUGCAAGCUGUACUGCAGACCCAAGAACUCCAACGCCUACUAUCCUUUGAAGGAAAAGGUCAUAGACGGGACGAAAUGUGGCAUGAACUCGUUCGAUAUCUGCGUGAACGGGAUUUGCAGACCGGGAGGAUGCGAUAAUAAGUUGAACUCGAAGGUUGAGUUAGAUGAGUGCGGGAUUUGUGGAGGGGAUAACAGUAAGUGUCAGGAGGUUACCGGGAAUUAUAAUAUUUCGAGGACUGGGUACCAUAUGGUACUGAGGAUUCCGAAGGGGAGCUCGAAUAUUGAUGUUAGGCAGAACGCCAACAACGAUACAAACUAUUUGGUACUCGUUGACGGUGAAACUGGAGAGUAUGUCCUUAAUAGUAAAACCAUGAUCGCUCCUCAGCAGAAGGACGUGAUUUCUGGGGGUGUCAUCAUCAACUAUAGCGGUUCUUCGGCAGCCGUUGAGCGCAUCACCACCCCCAAGAACCACAAGCUAACCAAAGACUUGGUCCUGUGGAUACUUUCCAUCGGGGAAGCCCGGCCACCGGACAUCACUUACAGAUACAUAAUAAGCGAAGAAAGUGCCCCUCGGUUCAGUUACAGUUAUAAAAGCUUCGUCCGGAAGAUCCCCCCCAGGUACGGAUGGAGUUUGUACGGGAACAAAUGGUCCAAGUGCAACUCAAUCUGCAACGGUACCCAGUACAUGAACCCCGUGUGCGUGGAACUGGCCACGAAUUCCGAACAGUCCGACUCGUACUGCUCAGAGUUCGACAAGAAGCACCGAACCCAGAAACGGGACUGCAACGUCCACUGCCAGCUGCGCUGGACCGACGUGUCGCGUGGACCCUGUUCCGUCAACUGCGGCGAAGGGUUGCGAACCGUCAACCACCAGUGCAUGAAAAUCGACACAACCAAAGAAAACUACGACCACUACUACGAAGUGGUUGACCACAAGCACUGCAACCACUUGCGUAAACCGCCGGACCACGAGCCGUGCCAGGGGUUGUGCGAGUCGACGCGAUGGGAGUACACCAGCUGGUCUGAGUGUUCGGUGACGUGCGGCGGCGGGACGCAGCGCCGCAGCGCCAAGUGCGUGGAUGACAGUAGUCACGUGAUGGACGAUUCGCACUGUUUCAAGAGUGAGAAGGUGACGGAGCAGGUGUGCAACGUCCGGAAGUGCCCGGUUUGGGAGUCCAGGGAGUGGACGCCGUGUUCGGUUACGUGUGGACGAGGCUUUCGGACCAAGCCCUAUUUCUGUCAUGUUGAUGGGAAGGUUCUGGACCCGUCGGCGUGCGAUUCGCGGCAACGACACAUAGAGAAGGAAGACUGCUUUGAGAGGCCGUGUGCUGGAUGGUCUGUGGGUGGGUGGAGCGAGUGUUCGGCGACCUGCGGCGAUGGUAUCAGCAACCGCAAAGUCAUCUGUCGCAACCUCGACGACAACCAACCCAUCCAAGAAACAUUCUGUGCCGGAAUUCUCAAACCCAACGACACCAAAUUCUGCAAAAUCACGGACUGCACCCAAACGUUGCCCUACCAGAGGCGAUUCGACAACGACAUUAUGACAAAUUCCAUCACCAGUUACGACAGAGGAUUCCGCUGGAUCACGGGAGCUUGGAGCCCAUGCUCGAAAUCCUGCGGAGGUGGAAUCAGCUCAAGAAUGGUGGUGUGUAGGAACGAGUUUGGCGAAGAACAUGAGAAAUUCUGUCCCUUGAACGUGGUCCCAGUGAAUAGGAUCGACUGCAACACCCAUCAGUGCCCCCACUGGGAGUACGGAGGGUGGAGUGAGUGUGAUGCCAAGACUUGUGUGAAGAUGCGACAGGUUAACUGUCGCAACUCGACUGGCAGCUUCGUCACAAACAAUCAAUGUGACAAUAAGACUCGGCCUCCAGAAGUCACCCCUUGUAAGCCAUCGCAGUGUCAUUCCUACGUUCACUAUAACAACGACCCGUACAAAUGGUCGGUGGGUAAAUGGAAACCGUGCUCGACGAUGUGUGGCGAAGGUAAAAAGUAUCGCCAUCUGGUGUGCAAGAACGUGCAACUGCAAAGCGUGGUGGUGGACAACUACUGCAGACAUCUACCGAGGCCCAAGACUAACGUCACGUGUGAAAAAUAUAUGUGUAGUAAUUACGCAUGGGUGACCACUGCGUGGUCACAAUGUUCGGCUUUUUGUGGAGAGGGGGUGAGAAAUAGGAGCGUUACGUGUCACCGGGUGUACCAAAAGGGCGCCGUGGACCAUAAUCCUCUGAGCUUUGAUAAGUCGAGGUCUAGGGACUACUGCGACUGGCACCAGAGACCCGACGAUAAGGAGAUGUGCAUGGGGAAUCAGUGCAACGAGGUGUACGUCUGGAGGAGUGAACCCUGGAGGGAGUGUUCCCAUACCUGUGGAAAAAAAGGCCGAACUACCCGACAAGUGUAUUGCUACAAUUUAAAAACGCACCAGAAAGUGGAAAAAAGGCACUGUUCAAGGCAUGCGAAACCGAGGCGACGUGCGAAAUGUAACCAGUGGAGAUGUCUGUUUAGAAGUUGCAAAGAGAUUCAACAUCGCAUGAAAACACGAGUCAACAAGGAUUACUUAAUCACAAUUCGGAACAAACCCGCCAGGGUGUACUGCUACAAAAUGGACACCAACCAGCCCGAGGAGUACAUAACGUUGCAUGCGGACGGUGUGAACUACGCUGAAAACUACGACAAACGAUUGAAGAACCCUCACUCCUGCCCCUACGACGGGCGCCGCGUCGAAAACUGCGACUGCCUGCCGAUCGGUCCCGAGCGUUCCGGCCGCACCAUCUUCUGGAAGGUCCGUCUCAACAUCACGUCGCUUCGCAUCAUCGGUGACGACUUCACGUUUUCGCGCCAAAUCAGCGGCAUGAGGGUGCCGUAUGGCACCGCUGGAGACUGCUACAGCGCCGUCGAGGGGUGUGCCCAAGCACGGUUUUCGAUUGAUUUGGCUGGGACGUCGUUCAGGCUGGCGGGACACGUGCGGUGGCAAAGUAUAGGGAAGUACGCCAGUGUGCGAACGGUGACGACGGAGAGGAGGGUCGAUGGAUUGUGCGGGGGUUACUGCGGGAAUUGCGUUCCCGAGCCUGGGAUUGGUCUACACGUGGAAAUUACUUAGUCCGGUAUUACAAAACUAAUCAGUAUUCUUAGCGUAAAGAACAAAUCACAACUGCCAUAGCGAAUCGUACUGCGAAAAAUCUACUGCCAAAAUCGUGUUUAUUAUUGUACGACGUGUUUUUGUCUCAUAUUGAGGCGCUAAAUAUUGUUUAUGUAUAGCUAUGCUGCUAUUUGUACUUUUUUAUACACUUUCUUAUAUUCUAGUGAUGUGUAUAUAUUUAACUAAUUUAUUGCAUUAAGUGCCUGCCAUCUUGUAAAUGUAUUGUAAUUUAUUGUUAACGUUUUUUGUAUUAACACUAAUUUAUAUAA